UUAAAAUUCUGUUUAUUUUCAGCAACAGCCUACUGAAAAGUUUACGAACCCCGAAACUCCUGGUUAUGUUGGAUUUGCAAAUCUUCCAAACCAGGUUCAUCGAAAGUCUGUGAAAAAGGGUUUUGAGUUUACCCUUAUGGUGGUUGGUGAAUCUGGACUUGGGAAGUCUACUCUGAUAAACAGCCUGUUCUUAACAGAUCUCUACCCAGAAAGGAUAAUCCCAGGAGCAGCUGAGAAAAUUGAAAGAACUGUGCAGAUUGAAGCUUCAACAGUUGAAAUUGAAGAAAGAGGUGUGAAACUCCGUCUCACUGUAGUGGACACACCAGGAUAUGGUGAUGCCAUCAAUUGUCGAGAUUGUUUCAGGACUAUUAUUUCCUAUAUUGAUGAGCAGUUUGAGCGCUAUCUUCAUGAUGAGAGUGGUUUGAACAGACGCCAUAUUGUCGAUAAUCGAGUUCACUGCUGCUUCUAUUUCAUUUCACCAUUUGGCCAUGGACUCAAGCCCUUAGAUGUUGAGUUCAUGAAAGCCAUCCACAACAAAGUAAACAUUGUACCUGUAAUUGCAAAAGCUGACACUCUUACUCUGAAAGAACGGGAAAGGCUGAAGAAAAGGAUUCUGGAUGAAAUUGAAGAGCACAGCAUCAAGAUUUAUCACUUGCCUGAUGCUGAAUCAGAUGAGGAUGAGGAAUUUAAAGAACAGACCAGGCUUUUGAAGACCAGCAUUCCGUUCUGUGUAGUGGGAUCCAAUCAACUAAUUGAAGCCAAAGGUAAAAAGGUUAGAGGUCGUCUCUAUCCUUGGGGAGUUGUUGAAGUGGAAAACCCCGAACAUAAUGACUUCCUGAAACUAAGAACCAUGCUAAUCACCCACAUGCAGGAUCUCCAAGAAGUUACUCAAGACCUUCACUAUGAAAACUUCCGUUCUGAAAGACUUAAAAAAGGUGGCAGGAAAGUAGAAGAUGAGGAAGUUAAUAAAGAUCAGAUCUUACUGGAAAAGGAAGCUGAACUCCGUCGCAUGCAAGAGAUGAUUGCCAGGAUGCAAGCGCAGAUGCAGAUGCAGAGGCAGGGUGGUGAGGGAGACAGUGCUGUGAUUCAUGGGCAUAAAGUUUAAGCUAUUUGCCCACAUGUCAAUGCUGUUUUCUAAAGUAACGUAUAUGAGAAGACAAUGGAUCUGUGGCUGAGAAGUUGGAUCAUUCCUAUCUAAAUUUAUAUUUGCUCUACAGCUUGCUUUCUAUUUCUAAGUAUCUUUUAUUCAAUAUUAGUGUGUCAAUUUUUUUUCAGAUACCAUCAUUAAGUAAAGACAUUUGAGAUGUGAUGCAGUGGUGUAUUUCAUCAUAAGAGAUGCUUCUUAUCUUAGUGUGAGCUGGAAGAUUAUAUUUCAUUCAACAUGGAAGUAUAUUGUAGUCAUUUUUGUAAUGCCUAUUUUGUAAACAGACUUGGUCAUUAUUUUAAUGCUACAAUGUUACUUGGUGAUUUAUUAACUUUGAUAGUUUACUCUUUUACUGAGCUUUUUAAAAAUUAUUCUGGCUACACAAAUACUCCAGAUAUUUCUUAAUUUGAUACUGUUUAUGUGAAGAUGUGUAUUACUACCACUAUUUUGCGAUUCUUUGUUUGCACUGAAGGGAUCACCUGAUUCUGACCAUAGUCCCAAAGGUCCAAAAUUUGCAUGUAUGCUUUGCAUCUCUUAUGUAGACUUUCCUGUUAACCUAGUUGUCUAAUAUGUGUACAAAUACAAAAAAAAAUUAAACCAUUAUCUCCAGAAAUAA